CUUCUCCCAGUUCCAAUCUCUUCCUAUCUGAAUCAGUUUUAUCGUUAACUCAGAUUUUCAAUAAUUCAUGCAUGGUAUAAAAAAUCUGUGUACUAAGAGGCAAAACAGUGCGCUUUCCAAUUUCCAUCGCUGUUAUUACAACGUUGCCGUGACUCAAAGUCAACUAUAAACUAAUUAAGUUGAGCAAAAACGAAUCUUGUCUUGUGAGCAUUCAAAACCGUUGAAAACUAAUCUAAAUAUUCGUAUUUAGCUCUGAAUAUUCCCCGGGUUUGAUGGCAAAACGAUAAGAUUUCUUUCUAAAUAUACAGUAUUACUAUAUAUAUAUACAUGUGAAGGAGAGGAGGAAGAAGACGACCACAAUGUGUUGAGUUCGUUGCCUGCCCACCUCAAUUCUAGGCCGACAGAAUAAACACAAAAAUGGGUGUGCUUGGAUCUUCUUCUUCUUCGUCUUCUUCUCGUUUUGUUGUGUUUCUGUGCUUGGUUUUGAACGUGGCAGUGUUGUGUAAUGGAGGUAAAACCAGCAGUUUUGUCAGGAAAGUUGAGAAGACUGUUGAUAUGCCUCUUGAUAGCGAUGUCUUUCAAGUCCCUCCUGGUUAUAAUGCUCCUCAACAGGUUCAUAUAACACAAGGAGAUCAUGAGGGGAAGGGUGUGAUAGUGUCUUGGGUGACUCAGGACGAACCAGGUUCUAACUCAGUGGUUUAUUGGAGUGAAAAUAGCAAGAAAAAUAAGAUGGCUGAGGGCAAGGUCUAUACUUAUAAAUUCUACAAUUACACUUCUGGUUACAUUCAUCACUGCACCAUCAGACAUUUGCAGUUCAACACUAAAUACUACUAUGUGGUUGGAAUUGGACAAACUGAACGGCAGUUCUGGUUUAUAACACCUCCUGAAGUUGGCCCUGAUGUCCCUUAUACAUUUGGUCUCAUUGGGGAUCUUGGUCAGAGUUUUGAUUCCAACAAGACACUUACUCAUUAUGAGAUGAAUCCACUGAAAGGGAAAACUGUAUUGUUUGUUGGGGAUCUCUCUUAUGCUGAUAACUAUCCGAACCACGACAAUGUUAGAUGGGAUACAUGGGGAAGGUUUGUUGAGAGAAGUGUUGCUUAUCAACCAUGGAUAUGGACAGCAGGGAAUCACGAAAUUGACUUCGCCCCAGAAAUUGGAGAAACCAAACCUUUUAAGCCUUACACUAACCGAUAUCAUGUCCCUUAUAAAGCAUCACAAAGUACAGCUCCCUUUUGGUACUCAAUAAAGAGAGCUUCAGCAUACAUCAUAGUCCUGUCUUCAUACUCAUCCUAUGGUAAAUACACUCCUCAGUAUAAAUGGCUAGAAGAUGAGCUACCAAAAGUUAACAGAAGCGAGACACCAUGGUUAAUUGUUCUUUUGCAUUCGCCGUGGUAUAAUAGUUACAACUAUCAUUACAUGGAAGGAGAAACCAUGAGGGUAAUGUUUGAGCCUUGGUUUGUGCAGUACAAAGUUGAUGUAGUAUUUGCCGGUCACGUCCAUGCCUAUGAGCGAUCUGAACGUGUAUCUAACAUUGCAUACACUGUCAUAAACGGUAUUUGCACUCCUGUAAAGGAUCAAUCUGCCCCUGUAUACAUAACCAUCGGUGAUGGUGGCAAUCUUGAAGGCUUAGCAACCAACAUGACAGAGCCGCAGCCGGCAUACUCAGCUUAUCGUGAAGCCAGUUUCGGCCAUGCCAUUUUUGACAUCAAGAAUCGAACUCAUGCUUACUAUAGUUGGCACCGGAAUCAAGAUGGAUAUGCAGUGGAAGCCGAUAAGAUGUGGUUUUUCAACAGAUAUUGGCAUCAAGUUGAUGACUCUCCCGCAUAAACUUUAUUUUACUGAACUCUCUGGAAUAAAAACAAAAAUCCCAGUGAGUAAAUAAUUUCAAUUAUCUCUAUAGACUUGAAACACAUCAUUGUUUUGCCUCUGCUCUCAGAAAUUUACAGAAAUUCCUGGAAUUAAUGGGUUGGUUUUAAGCUAGCUUCCUUCAAACUUCUGUGUGUUCUGUAUUCAAAACAUGUGAUUAGGGAAAUGAAU